AUGCAAAAAAAACUUUACAAAAUUGGUAUUAAUGAAAUAAUCACUGCACCUGGACCUAGUUUGAUAUACCGUACGAUUGGCGGUAACCUUGACCUCUACUUCUUCCCUGGUCCUACUCCAGAAGAGGUCACACAGCAGUACUUAGCAUUAAUUGGAACUCCAACUCUACCGGCUUAUUGGAGUUUUGGGUUCCAGAUUUCUCGAUGGGGCUAUGAGAGCUUUGAAGAAAUGAAGGAAAAAGUGGAAAGAAAUAUAAAAGCUGGGAUUCCUUUUGAUACGGUUGUUGGUGACAUAGAUUAUAUGGACAGAUACAAAGACUUCUCAAUUGGGGAGGGCUGGAAGGAAUUCCCAGCAUAUGUGGAAAACUUGCACAGUCGAGGAAUGCGAGUAGUACUGAUGUUUGAUCCAGCUGUUCAGGUUGAUUAUGAUCCUUUCGAAAGGGCUAUGCAGGCACAAGCCAAAUUCGUAGAAUGGGAACGUUACGAUCAGGUGAAGGCAUCCAUAAACAGCCUGUAUCCAUUAGUGAAUGGAACGAAAAUUAUGUUGGGUGUUGUGUGGCCGGACCGUCAUACUGCAUUCCCUGAUUUCCUCGAUCCCAGCGGUAAAACUGCUAGCUGGUGGAUUGACGAGUUAGUCCGAUUCAGACAGCAAGUAGGUUUUUAAAA